AUGAUAAUUGUUGCUCACUACUUGUCUUUAGGUCUCCGAUCUGGUGGAACCAGCGAUAGCAGUGGCUCCUCUACCGUUGGAGGAGCCACAAGCGGUGCAUCUCCAGUUCUAACGGGAUGUCCGCGUCCGCAAAGUCUUCCUGCCUCGAACACUCAUCAACAGAACCGGAAAAGCACAAAAGAUGUCGAGGAGAACAACAAUAUUCGAGGUGUAGCCCUGUCGCCUGAUCACGACGCUGCUUCGCACCAUUCGGAUUCUUCCAAGUCUCAGGGUUCACAACGAUUAAAGCGAACAGAGAGCAGCAUCAGCUCUGAGUCGCAGAAAUCGACUGGUUCUGGAUCGGGUCGUGGUAGCGUCAACAUGUCUCAAGGAAGGGACAAUGUUGCUCAUACAGCGUUUGAAAAACGUACAAAGCAGCCCACUCCUCCUAAAAAAGAACCAAAGAAAAAAGUCAUGACGGAAAGAGAGGUGAUGGAUGUUGCCGCUGGCCUUCGCGCUCUUAAAAUUGGUGCCGUUACAAAAGAAAUUGAGGAUUGGAUAGCAUGUGGAUUUGCUGAUGAUAAUUUGGCCGAAAGCAUUGGGUCUGCGCUUUGCCAGCAUGCGAUUGAAGGUGGUGGUGGGCGAGCAGUUGCGAAGCUCUGUGGAGCGUUGCGAGAUUCGUCAUCAGCCUUCGCUCUCUACAGGGGGCUUCUUCUGUCAGUUUCGCAAUACUUUGAAUGCCGAGAUCGACUACGCGCUGAUCAUUUUCGCAUGUGGAUCUCUUUCCUCGCUUUCGUAGCCGAUCUGUACGCGAAUAUUGGAGGCGGAAAAGACGGGGAACUUGUGAAUUUUGUGUUCCAAGUGUUCGAUUACCUUCUGAGGGCUCCAAUUUUGGAAACGCUGAAAAUUGAAGAGCGUAGUUGUAUGUUGCAGCUGGAGUCCCUAAUCUCAGCGUUGUUAUCAGUGGGAUAUGACCUAGAACGGGAGUGCCCAGACCAGCUUUCACUUCUGAAGGAUUUAAUCAGGGAUGCGUUCAUUGAUGUGUCUGAACCAUGGGCUCGUAAAAUGAUUCUUCUGCUGCUGGAACUGGGAGCAAGUGGAUGGAAACUCCCUGCUGAAGCAAAUGAGUACUAUUUCCAACAAACCACCAACUAA